UCCAUUUCGAUGUCAAGCGAAGCGCUACGUAUUUCCUUGAAAAAAGUAUUUUAUUUUGUAGUUUUCUAUUAUUUCUUUACUUUCUUCGUUCGAACAGAAUCUUAAAUAUUAUUAUUCAAACCAUUUAAGUGCAAAAAAUACAUGGAAAACCCUUAUAAUCUGCGAGAACCAUGUGACACGAAUACGAAAAAGGGCUUCCAGACCGUCAAUGUGACAGAGAUGUUUUCUGCCAUCGCGACGAACCAGCGCCACCGCGGAGUAGAAGCGACCACGACGCGUCAUAACCGAGAAGCGAUAUAGGGUAAGCGCGUUAAAAAUGACCGCGAGAUGGCCACCCCGCCACCAAACCCUACUGAAGGAGAGGAGGGCGUCUCCGUCCCCGAGUUGGCGGAGGAGUCGAGUGGGGAACGCCCGGCCUCCGCGCAGAAGAUGUUCAUAGCACCGCCUGCCUCGCAGCUGCCCACUAAGCUGCAGUUCGUAGCCCGUGGGGCGCCAGGCCCUAGCGGCGGAAUCAAACAGUGUUUUCGCACCGUGAAGACGGCGCGACGUGUCCCCACACUGCCUCGGCGAGACGACGAUCCGGUCCCGGGGCCGUCCACCGAGCCCGAGCGACGCGCACGCCGCGAUCGGGAACGUCACAAGAGGCAUGCCUGCUCUACCUGUGAUAAACGCUUCUCGAGCCCCGGUAAGCUCCAGCAACAUGUUUUGUCCCAUACUGGUGAACUUCCCUUCUCAUGUGACCUUUGCGAUAAGAAAUUCAAUUCAAAAUUCAAGCUUGUGCGCCAUAAUCUUAUUCACAGUGAAGCAAGAGCGUUCAAAUGUAGUACUUGCAGUAAGACAUUUAAUCGAAAAGAUCAUCUCACUAACCAUGAAAGAGUCCAUAAUCCAACUAAAAGGUUGUAUACAUGUGAGAAGCCAGAUUGUAGAAAGUCUUAUACAUCAUCACUGAGCUAUAGAAAGCAUGCUGCAUUACAUUCGGCUGAGGAGGGAAAUCUACAGUGUAAGAUUUGUGAUGAAGUGUUUGCUACUCGCCAAGAAAUAGUUUAUCACCUGAAAGUACACACUGGAAGCCGGACUGUGAAAAAUGAGACUGAUAAAAAGUUCACAUGUGAUCACUGUGAUAGAAGAUUCUUCACAGCUAAAGAUGUGAGGCGGCAUCUUGUGGUGCACACAGGUAGACGGGAUUUUGUAUGUCCGCAUUGCCCACAAAAGUUUGGACGGAAGGAUCAUUUAGUGAGACAUAUGAAAAAUGCUCACCCGGAGGAAUCUGUGAAGUCAGCAACUCCGGGUACAUCUAGUGAACCACAGGCUGAACCCACUGCAUUUGAGGAAACAUAUCCAGAAUUUGAUAUAGAGGGUACAGACUUUAUUUGGAAGCCAUCGUCAUCUAAAGAGAGCACAUCAGAGGUCCAAAGUAGAGCACCUUCAACUGAAAUCAUUGUGGAAAUUCCACCUGUACUUGAUAUAAAAGUUGAGCCAUCUGAAGUAAAGAUAGAGGAAUCUGUAGACACUCAUAUCAAGGUAGAGCAACCCACAUCACCCAGUUGUGAACUGUUGUCUGCGGAAGCAUACCCUGUUGUGUUCAUGGUUUCUGCGCCUUAUACUCAAACUGAGUCGGAGUCAAUUUAUAUAACAACAGAACAGCUUCCUGAUCCUAUCAGAAGAUCGAGUGAGGGAAUUUUGUUAGAUCCCUUGCUGAUGGAUCCAGGGGAGGGCCCGUCAGGUUUGUCUAACGAGAUGCUAGGGCUUUUAGAAGAGGGCGAGCCUUCAUAUGGGACAAGCGAGGAGAGCCACAGUGCCUCCACACCUCAGCCGCAGCGGCUGCCCGCGUUCCGCAAGGCGUUCCAGACAGCGAAGAGCCCGAAGCCCCCGCCGCCGCCGCCCCCGCACUGACCUCUCGCAUUUAGCUUGUAACCGAGCUACCUCACUAGGUAAGGUAAGCUGUAAAUAGUCUGCAGUGAUCUAGUAAUUCAAUUGUAAUGUUGGACUUGGUGACAGUAAGUUGUAUGCUCGGGGGCGCGCGUCCUCCAGUGAAAUUGCCAAAUUGUAUAUUUGUACGUUUCAGGUAUACCAAAAUGUUUCCGAAUUCUACAUGAAUAUGUGAUCUAGUCGUGUAUGUACUUUCGGAAUUGUAAAUGUUUAUUUAUAGCGUACAUGGAGUUUAGGGACCAACUCUGCUUAGUUCGUGAUGUGACCACACAAGUUAUGCUGGUGUUUUUCAUGUGAAUGGUGAGAGAGCAGAAUUUUGUGUGAAGGUAUAUAGCUCUUGGAAGCAGUAGGCUAUUACAAUAUGUUUCAGAGAGGCGUGCUGCUUGACGCGAAGUAUAUUACACCGGAGCGUAUUCUUGGUCUAUUAGAUUCAUAAUUCUGCUAGAAUAACAUCAGAUCUGCCUAGAUUGUACUAUCAUGUAUGUGUAAGUGUUCAGCAUGUAGGAGACAGACGUUCCACAGCAUUUUGUUAUACAGAAUGUUGCGGAAUUCUUAAGCAAACACAGCCGAAGUGCUAUUAACAAAAGCAAUACCUCAGAGGCAAGUGCCUCCUUAUAUUUUAAGAUAUUAAUUGGGUCUGUCUGAUGAGCAAGCACGGUUGAGCCGGUUAUCUAUAUUUCACAUUAUCUUUCUACUAAUUGUGCCAAAACGAGUACGCGGUCUAGAUAGAAAUGUAGCGUCUUUAACUUCUUGUUUGCUCAUUGGACUGUAGAGCGAAAUUGAGCAGAUAAUAGUUUAAGAGUGAUCAAAUAUAAAUAAUGCGAGAUACUGAACCCGAAAGUUAGUUGACAAAAUUCCGAAAAAUGUGUUGGUUUCCUUUCUAGAUUAUGAGCCAAAUUAUUUAUGUUCCAAAUGUGGAAUAUUGGUGUAAGUGUCAGAAAGUCGGUGAAGUAUAGUGAGAAUAAACAACUUGGUCUGAAAUGAAAGGAUAUUACAGCUGGUUUUAUUAGGUGCCUUGCAUUUCGUGUUUCUCAUUACAUUAUCGAAAUGGAGCUAAUAGCGAAGUUCGAACCUGUUGGGAUUUCUUCCUUAAAAACUUCAAACAUCCUAUAUAGUUUAUGUUUUCACGUGUCGGAAAUAAAAUAGUUUUUUGUAUGUCUAAAAGUGUUAUACUGUUUAGCGAUUUAAAGUGUCUGUCUACAGAUAACUGAUUUUAUACUUUCGCAUUGCAUUAUACUAAAAUAUUUAUAAAUAAUAAAGGUAACGCGCACACGUAAUGUAACUUUAUUUUAUUUCGGACGUUUCGUCCUCGGAUGAUCAUGUUGUAAUGAUCUGUGAUCUGAUCACCGAACGACUGAAAACCAGUGGGCUACUGCUAGAAGACCUUCGUGAAUAGACUCCGCUGGUCUUUAGAAAUUCGUUAAAUUAUUCGUCUUUUUAAAUUUCGAACUUAACUAUUGGUUCCAUGUUAAAAAGCGAAAUAAAAAAGAACACUGUCGAGUUAAUUUUACGUCCCUUUAUUGAAACUGCAUAGUUUUUAUUUUGAUAACAAUUUAUAAUUAAAAUACACAAAUAAAAAACAGCUGUGUCUCUUAAUAAAAAAGCAAUAAAUAACUCCUAUAGUAAACAUAUAAAAUGUUCUGCAUCUUUUAUCUAACACUGGUUAAAGAUAACAGUCUCGCUAAAAACGGCAGUUUU